CGGGGGUGGGGGGGCGGUGCCGCGGGCCGGCUACAAACGCCUCCGGAGGCUGGAAGAGGACCCUGGGCGCGCGCAGAGACGGGCGCUCCGGGAGCUGCCGGCUCCACGGGGACGACAGGAGCGUCUCUCGAGCAACCCCGCCCGGCCCCCGAAUAUUCAUUGGUGUCCAUUGUCAGCAAGUUAUUCGUCCCGCACUUCAUUCAGAUUGGUGCUGAGUAUUACACAAGCAACAGUUUGGUGACCUGCUUUGCCAGCUUGUGAGGGUUUCUUCCGUUCUAGUGCCGGAUUCUUCGUCUUCCUCCAUUAUUACAGAAUGGAAACGGACUGUAAUCCCAUGGAGUUAAGCAGCACAUCAGGAUUUGAAGAAGGGUCAGAGCUCAAUGGUUUUGAAGGAACUGACAUAAAAGACUUGAGGCUGGAAGCCGAAGCAGUUGUAAAUGAUGUUCUCUUUGCUGUUCACAACAUGUUUGUCUCGAAAAGUCUGCACUGUGCGGAUGACGUGGCCUAUAUCAACGUGGAAACCAAGGAAAGGAGCAGAUAUUGUCUGGAGCUCACUGAAGCAGGGCUUAGGGUGGUAGGUUAUGAUUUUGACCAGGUCGAUGAUCACUUACAGACUCCUUACCAUGAAACAAUCUACUCCUUACUGGACACACUCAGCCCCGCCUACCGGGAAGCAUUCGGAAACGCACUCCUUCAAAGACUGGAAGCUUUGAAAAAAGAUGGACAGUCAUGACUAAGCUUUUUCCUUUUAGAGGGGGCUGCUGUUGGUACAGAAUGUUAAUAUAAAGCUUGAAAUUUUUGCGUAUGAUCAUAGUAGGAAAUGCAUCUUUGGUUUUACAUCUUUAGCACUUCUUGCUUCAAAUUUAGACUUUAGACUCAGAAGAGUUUUGGCUAAAUUAUCUUUCUUGGUUUCUGAUUCAUAAAGGAAAUUCUGAAGCCAUUGCUGUUACACAAUUAUUAAAACAUUCAAGUUUCUUCUUAUAGUAUCUCUGCAUUUCAAAACCUAAUCAGUAUUUCAUUCUGUUAUUACAGGGCUAUGAUGCUGCCAGCACUCUCUUUUACAUAGGGAAUUCUAGAUUUGCACAGUAAUAUAGGGAUUAUAAUUAUCUAACUUCAAACUUUGAUUCAGCUUGCUAAAUCAGGGGUUUACUACUAGCUUGGACUGACUUUGUAGUAAUUAUUUUGUUAUAGCCUUAUUGGAAACAAAAUAUCAACUAGUUUCCCCUGCACAAAUUUUGAAAUUUUCUGCUUCACUUAAACUAUUUAUACUACUAAUAUGGACUAAUAAAGAUGAAUUAGUUUGAUAUUACUUAAUUAGUAUUAAAUGAAAAACAGGGACUGAAAUAGUUCUGCAUUCCUUGUUUGUAACAGCCAGCCAGCUAAGCAGAGGACAAACCGUUAGCAAAUGAAUGUAAUAAUUAUUCAUUUCCAAGAUAUCUAAGCACAUAAAUACAGGAACAGGCACCAUUCUUUUUCUUAACAGAAUGCAUCUUUAGUGUGUGUAAUUUAGAAGGACGAUUCUGCUUUCCUAGAAAACAAUAUUUUGGCCUGUGUUGAUUCUUACUCUGAAUGUUUGUUUACAUAAUGUACAGUAUAUAUUCAGAAAGUAUUUUUGCUUCAAUGUUUACUUUCUAUAAUGUAGUGCUUUGGUAUUCCCACAGCACCCCUCCUUUCCCAACAAAUGUACGGUGUUCUGUCUCAAUGCUAAAUCUACAGUGUAAUGUGAGUGCGUUGUACAGGUUUGAAACCAAAGGAUGAAUGAAACAUUCAGAGACUUAAUAUUUGAAAAAGGGAAACUCUGUAUUUUAUAUUUUAUUACAAGUACUAAUAUUUAUAAACUUGAUGAACUGUACCAUGCUGCUACAUGUUUUCAAGUACAUGUUGAAUAAUAAUGAUGGGGAGUUCUUUUUUUAAGAGUCACCUAAAGCAGCAGCAGUAGAAAUGUUAAAGUAAAAUUAUGCAUCUGGAGACACGUUCAUAAAUUUAUCAUUUGCAAACUUUCUUAACCUUAUUUUAAAAUAAGUACUUUUAGGCUCUCGAUAUCAUGUAGACCAGAGCAAAUUAAAAUUGUUUGCAUUAAUAUUUGUUGUCAAACUUUAUUGGAAUGCUUUAUGUUUGAAUAACCCGUGAUCAUUCUCAGCUUUAUUUUGAGAUGCUUAACUGUUUGGGAAAUGAAGUCUAACUUCAGGUUGAACUAUCUCAUGCUUAAUCUCAGGCUAAAUGUAAAGGGUAUUUGUAAAGUUUGAAUAAAAUCUGUUUACUCAUUUUGAGUUAAGUAUGAUGAAAAGUGAUUGUAUGUUUAAAAAUUGGAAUUGUUCAUUUUGUGAUAAAUUAUUGAUUCGAAGAGA